UAGACAUUGGAAGCACUCAGUUCAGCACUCAGCUUCAGCGGGUUAUCAGUACGAACAAAAUCGUUGUUGCUACAAAUAGAUAGCAAUGCUAUUAAUUUUAGUCUUAGCGCUAUUGGCUGGAAGCCGAUUUGCUCAUGCCGAAGGCUCAAAGGAGGAAUUUACUUGCUCGGACAGCACUUCCAUUAAUGGUGCGUUGAAGUGCGAUGGAAAAAAGGAUUGUGCUGAUGGCAGUGACGAGACUUUCGUGGCUUGCCAUGCAUCAACUUGCGAGGAAAAUGAUCUGUUCAGAUGCAACUAUGGUGGCUGUGUGGACAAAACCAAGCAGUGUGAUGGCGUUAAAGACUGUUGGGAUAACAGCGAUGAAAAUAAAUUUUUGUGUGCUAAUGAGACAAGUAUAAAUGUUCUCCUUGACGAACUUCGAGGUAAUUGCGAACACCCUUAUGGUCUCUCUUGCGAGGUAAAGUCUAAAAAGAUAUGCUUGAGGUGGAGUCAGAUUUGUGACGGUGUUAUAGAUUGUUUCAACGAGAUAGAUGAAAAAAAAUGAAAUAUGCUCCUCAGCAUUAUGUCCAGCUAAAUCAUUUCGUUGUCAAAACGGCGCCUGCAUUCAAAAAAAAAGUUUUUGCAAUGUCCAGGUUGAUUGC